AUGGCUUCAAUCACGGAUGCUUUUCUACCAAUAAUUUCUGCAGCAAAGAAACCUUCGACGACCAUAUUUUUAGAACGGAUCUUAGACCAUAGUCAUAGUGACAGUAGAAGUAUAAGAGUGAGUCUCGUCAGCGAAAUGAUCAUGUCCGACUUCCGCUCUCGUAGGGGACGCAGAUUUGUGCACCGGCUGGUGAAGCCACGUACACGACGUCUCGCACAACUACUGGCAACAUCAAGGACGUGUCAUCUUUUAUGUGGGCAUCUGUCUCAGGCAGGAUCGGGGGUUGCAGCAGCAGCUGUGCACGCCGACAGUCAAGGAGCUUCUCUUGAUCUGGACGCUUCAGGAUCACACCUUCUGCGAUCAACUAGAGGUAAUGAUCGAAGGAGUCAAGGACGAAUAGGAGGAGAUGAAGAACAGGAUGGAUUUGUGGUUGUCGACCAUGAUGAAUUAGUAGAUGAUGAACAAGAUGAAGAUCAUUCAUCAGCUGGGCGUCACGGAGGACGCGGUAGACAUCGCUUAUCGCACGAAAUAGAUCCCGUUGGCGACGCAAACGAUCAUGUUGGUCGUGCAUCUUCUGAAGAUGUUCGAGUAGUGUCUGCUUCUUCACGACGCGGCCGUAGAAAUGCCGGAUCAAGGAGAAGCCAACUGCAGAAAGAGAACAGGCUUCGGCGGCAGAGUGGAGAAGAGUAUGAGGUAGAGAUUCUAGACCACCAUGACCAUGAAAGGACUACACCUUCACCUUCUCGACAACAAAAAAAGGCAGAUAAUAUCAUAGAGAACAAUGACCCCUGGACCACGAGAGGUCCACUCGACGAUGAAGAGGAGCACGCGCCAGAGCAUGUAGAAGAAGAACAUGAUUUUCAUCAUCAUAGACUACAUGAACAUGAUCAUGGCCAGCAUUUGGAAGAUGAAGCAAUUACUAGAGCAAUAAUUACUUCUUCAGCUAGUAGAAGGGGCGAUGACGACAGUGCUGGUGAUCCUGAUGAAGAGGGAGAAGCUCUAUUGAGGAUACAACAUGAAGAAGGACAAGUGGUACGACGUGAACAUACUAGACCAAAAAGGUUGAUGCAACGCAGUAGAAAAAGUGGGGAUGACGAUGAGGAUGUUGUAGUGGUGAAGGCAUCUAGAUCUUCUGGAUCUAGAUAUAGUACAGCCUCUAGUCCAUCUUCUGGUCGUGGUCGAGAAGCUACUUCAUCGCGGAGACAUCGUAGGAGUAGAGGCGAACAAAGUAAGAAAUUCAUCGACGUAGACCCGCAGGGUGAUGUCUCCGACGAAUUUCUAGAUGAACAUCAAGAACCCUCGGCAAGAGCAAGACUAGGAAGAAGAAGACGUAGUCCUAGUACUAAACCAGCACAUGAUCUUCAAGGAAGAAUACAAGCACAAGCGCUUUUUUCUACCUCCAAAGUAGCAGUUCUUGAGGAUGACUCAGGAGAUGAGGAUGGAUCUCCUACGGAAGUAGAGACCACGGACCAGGACAUCUUGAGUGAUCAUGCAUUACAGCAAUUGAAAGAGGGAGAGGUACUAAUUUCAAUUUGAUAAUUUUUCUUACACCAAAAGUAGAACCAAAUUUCUGUAUACCUGUUUGUUGAAGUACGCUUUGGUAGUCCUUCUGUGGCUGCAAAUGCUCGCUCGAUGAUGCAGGUCACACUGUGGACGGCGAACCACCUCCUAUCCUAUCCUACGCUUUGUUGAAUUAAGUAGUGCAUACUGUUCUUACAUCUCGAUCUACUUCGUUUAAAAUCCACUGCUCAGCAUGAUGUCGGUUAUAAUAUAAAAAUAUAGAUAGUGUUAGAAGUAGUCGCUUUCCAUUUUCAAGCAGCAGUUGUAGAAUGAAUUUCUUUUGACCAACAUCAACAUCUUCAUGAAGGCAGCUGGUAGAAAAGACAAGAAACAACACCUUUACCUCCUCCAACUACUACUCCUAGUCUACCACGCGGAUGACAUCAACAAAACUCCUAGAUCUAACAUGACAAACAGACUGCUGCUUCAUUGUGUGUGGAAUCCACUGGUCAAGUUAUACCAGAUGAAUAUGUGACGACUAAAGAAGUGAACCAGUUUGACAAGAAAGUUGCAGAGCACGACUGCCACCACUUCUGUUUUUACGAGGCUGAAUGUGAAGGUACUAGAUGAGUUAUUUUCUCACAUCCCCUCUUAUUGAUGUGUUUGACUGUAGAUCAAGGUCAACAUAAUAUUCAUCUUGUUCGCAUCUACUUAGUCUUAGUCGCAUCUAUUGAUAAACUCUUGGAGCUUGCUCGUCUUUAUUUUAGUUACUUACAAACAAAAACAUCAAAAAUGGAAAUCUUCUUGACUUGUUCCUACAAGGAAGGACCCUAUCGAACAAUCUCUGCGCCUUCAACAGCUUUCUGGCUCCUCUAUCCUCACGGAUUGACCGGCAAAGAGGACGAAAGAACGGGCAUCAGCUGCACUCUGUACAAUACCGCUUCAUGGAAAGAAAAACAAGGCAGUGUGGGACCAUCUGUGAUUAAGGCUACCGAUGAAGCAUGUCCUUAAAAAUAUCAUAGUCCUUGGAUCUUCUUUUUCUACUUGAAAAAGAAGCCAAGAAGGAUGCUCUCAGAGAGGCCAAGAAUGUAGUAGCUCUAAUGUGAAGCGAAGUACCACUGGCCUGUACCUCAAUCCAGAUGGGACCCAAGCGAACCAAGCCACGGUCCAAGUACCAUUGGAGCUAGAUAGUCUAUUAAGGCUCGCGCUGUCACUCUCAUUCUCAUUCAGUUCCACAGAUAGGUUAUUUUCGAAAUGAAGUAUCCGAGCAGUAGGAUCCAAAUCCAUCUUAAGCAAAUAAACGAGGACCACGACCAGAAGAAUGAACUACAAUAUGAACAAAUGAAAUCAUAUUUUGCAUUAUGAUCUUCUAAAGCUCGUUGACGACAACAAAUGGGCCAUGUGUAUCCAGAGUGAAGAAGCUCUGUACGAAUUCUCCUGUCCGAAUGGGACGCCGGAUGCUAGCGCAAAGGCUAAGAUGCGGGAACGAGUACGUUGCGAAAGUUGUCAUACAGGAUUUCAGAAGACGGUACCUCCUGUAGAUGUACAAAUGAAUCCUUCCAUUCAUUAUGCUCCUGUACUAGGCACACGCAGGAGACGAAGAUGUUCAUCUUGCCCAUGAAUUAAUCGAUCAUGGGUCUUCUUCUAAAAACUAUAUCUCAACAAACAAGUCAAAUCUAAUAUAACCCACAGGCCCUCGAGAAAGACCAUUAUGAUGGCGCUGCUGACCGUUAUGAAUGCGUUGAAUUGAGCAGUGGGGAAGUAGCUACAGCAGGCACCAAGGCGACGAAGAUAGCCUUUCUUGUCGUGUGCUUGAUCGUUUUCACCGUCGCAGGAGGAAUCUUCACGAUGCACAUCAUGCGACAGAAGAGUGCGAAAGCUCUCGAAGCUUCACUUGUAUCCUCUAUGCUGGAUUCACAAGAGCAACAGCCUGCUGCAGAUGGUGGAGCUGCAGACGUAACAGGUACAGUAACAGGAGGAGAGGGAGUACCACUCGUAGUUGGUGAAGAUGGAGGAGCUCCUGUAGCCAUUGGAGGUGGCGAUGUUGCUAAUGGAGGUGUAGUUGUUGUAGCAGGUACUGCCGAUGGCGCCGUCCAAAACGUUGAUCCUGUGCCAGUAGAUAGCGGAGCAGCAGUGCUGGAUCAGGGAGCUGGAGAGGAGAAUGCAGCAGAACAAGGUUAAAAAUGACAUAGUUGUGCAUGUGACGCUACUUGCUGCAGUAAGAUUAUAUAUUCGAAAACUGAAAAUAAGUUAUCGAAUUUUAAAUUGAAUGGUUCUGGUAUUUGGUAACCUGAUUUUGAUCCUAAGGGUUCUCUUCUUGUUUUCCCUUAUGAUCAAACUCAGGUUACCAAAUACCAGAACCAUUCAUAAAUAACCGAGCUACUGACUGAAAUGAGGGAGGUAGCUUAACGUCAAGGCUACUCUUCCUUGUUCAGUAUCAUGGUUAUUCUGAUCAGUUACUUGCUUAUUUCAGUUUUUCGAAUAAAAUCGAGCUGUUCUUGUUCGAGUAUUGAAAAAUGACUUUCAGAUGAUCUACCACUACCAGUAUGUUGCAUCAUAAAAAAGUAAAAAAACAGAGACAAACAUUAACAUUCAGAUUUGAAUCAUGCACACCUACCAAGAAGAAUCUUCUUCUUCUCUUUUUCCAAGAACUGCCAUUCAUUUACAUCUACGUCUUGCAUUGAGUCAAGUACUUACAUCCCUCUAUACUUACCUGUUUCCAAACGAUCUGAUAUUAGAUAAUGUCACUGUUCACAUGUCAAUGAUGAUGAAAAUGAACAGUUGUACAGCUAGAGUACACCCUUCUUGCAAGUGGAAUUACAGAAAAUCUUGAUGUUAGAACUUUUUCGACGUUUUGAUUGUUUGAGUUUUGAUUUUGAUGAAAGAAUGAA